AUGACUAGUGAAUUAGAAAACAAUGUUAAUGCUUUUCAAGAUAUUAUAAAAUCAGAAAAUGAUUUGAUGGAAUAUAGGCUUUUGCAACUUGACAAUGGUCUGAAAGUGAUUUUAGUGUCUGAUGUUCAAAAAAUUAUUGAUUUGGAUAAUCUAAGUGACAAAAAUUCAGUUGACAGUGAAAAUGAAGAUUCCAAUGAAGAACCCAGUGAUGAUUCAAUAAGCAAUGACUCUGAGGAAGAAGACAAAAAGGGAAAUUUGUAUGAAAAAGAAGCUGAAGAAAAAUUAGCUGCUUGUGCUUUAUGUGUAGGAGUAGGAAGUUUUAGUGAUCCUGUUGAUAUACCAGGAUUAGCACAUUUUGUAGAACACAUGGUUUUUAUGGGAAGUGAAAAAUACCCUCAGGAAAAUGGUUUCGAUGAAUUUAUAAAACGCCAUGGAGGUUCUGACAAUGGCUCUACAGAAUGUGAAUAUACCACAUUUUACUUAGAAUGUAAUGAAAAAUAUUUAAGAGAGGGAAUGAAUCGCUUUGCUCAAUUUUUCAUUUCACCCUUAAUGAUAUCUGAAGCGAUGACUAGGGAAAGAGAAGUAAUCCACUCAGAAUUUGAAAUGUCUCUUCCUUCUGAUGGCACAAGACGAGAGCAAAUUCUAGGAUCUUUAGCUCCUCCUGAUCAUCCUGCUUCUAAAUUUCUUUGGGGAAAUUUAACAACAUUAAGAACUAAUAUAGAUGAUGAUUUGUUAUAUAAAAAAGUUCAUGAAUUUCAAAAACGUCACUAUUCUGCUCACAGAAUGACAGUUGCUGUCCAAGCCAGGCUGUCUCUUGAUACAUUAGAAAGUUUUGUUAGAGAAUCAUUUAGUGACGUUCCGAGUAACAAUUUACCUCCUGAAGACUUCAGUUCUCAUAUUGGAUCUUUCGGAGAAUCACAUGAUUUCAAUAAAAUUGUUUGGGUCAAACCUGUUAAAGAUAUUUGUCAGGUUCAUCUAACAUGGGUGCUCCCCUCCUACUUAAAAAAAUAUAAGAGUAAACCCUUAGACUAUGUUGGUUGGCUGAUUGGACAUGAAGGCAAAGGCAGCCUUUUAUCUUACUUAAGAAAAAAGGUUUGGGCUUUGCAAUGUGAAGCUGGUAACGAUGAAAGUGGAUUCGAACACAAUUCAAUUUAUUCUUUAUUUUCCAUAUCUUUAACUCUUACAGAAGAAGGCUAUAAAAAUAUUAAUGAGGUUAUCGGAUUGGUUUUUACAUACAUUUUCAUGUUAAAAAAAAAUGUACCAAAUGAAGAUAUAUAUAACGAAUUAAAAACUAUUUGCGAAAUUAAUUUUCGGUACAAAACAGAAAUUCCUUCUGCUAGUUAUGUAGAAAUUUUAGCAGAAUCGAUGCAUUUGUACGAACCUCAUCAUUAUAUAGUCGGAGGAGAAUUAUAUUUAGAUUAUAAACCAGAAUUAAUUUCAGAAAUAAUUAAUCUUUUAACUCCGAAUAGAGAAAAAAAUGAUAGUUUUUACGAUAAACUCGAACCUUGGUUUCGGACCAAAUAUAAAAUAGAAGAAAUUCCAGAAGAAUGGAGACGAAAUUGGAACAAUCGUCCAGAAUUGGAAGGGAUUCAUUUACCAAAACCAAAUCCAUAUCUCACAAGCGAUUUUUCACUUCUUAAACAACCAGAUUUUAAUCCACCCUAUCCAAAUAAAAUAAUUGAUACUAAUUUACUGGAAAUUUGGUAUCGUCAGGACACGAAAUUUAAACAACCUUUGGCUUAUUAUUCAUUUUACAUAUUAUCUCCUAUUUUUAAAAGCGAUCCAUUUAAUUCGGUUUUAUUAGACGUAUUAAUUGCUUAUUUAGAAACGAAAUUUACCGAACACAUUUUUCCAGCAAAUCAAGCCGGACUUUAUUGCUCAUAUUCAUCAGCAGAUUUAGGUUUAUCAUUAUUAUUUAGCGGGUACAAUGAAAAACUUCCUUUAUUAUUUGACGAAAUAUUGAAAUUAAUUUACGAAAGUUGUUCCAACAUAAAUAAUAAGGAUAAUGAAAAUUUAUUUAACGCAAUUAAAAAAGACAGGAGCAGAACGUAUUAUAAUAAAAUAUUAAAACCACGAAAACUGGUAACUAUGGCACGCUUAUCAAUAUUGGUUAAUAAUUAUUUAACGAGCGUCGAAUGUUUAUCACUCAUGGAUAAAGUUACUCUCGACAGACUUCAUGAAUUUGCCCAAGAAUUUUUUAAAUGCAUAAGAAUUGUGGGUUUAAUACAAGGAAAUAUAUCGAAGGACAAAGCAAUCGAAUUAUGUAAUAAAUUUGAAGGUGUUUUACAUUGUACGCCAUUGGAAGGAGAAAAACCAAACGUUUUGGUGUCUAAGCUCAACGAUGGAGAAAUAUUUUUGAGAUUGAAAUCGUUUAACGAAUCCGAUGGGAAUUCGGUCGUAACAAAUUAUUAUCAAGUCGGUCCGGGUGACAUUAAAACAUCUUGCCUGAUAGAUUUAGUGACGAUGAUAAUGGACGAACCACUUUUCGAUAAUUUGCGAACGAAACAACAAAUCGGUUACGACGUUCAUUGUUUGCUCAGAGACACGUUUGGAAUUCUCGCUUUUUCCGUGACCGUUUUUUUUCAAUGUUCGAAAUUUACAGCGGACGAAGUCGACAAAAGGAUAGAAGCUUUUCUCGAAAAUUUUUCCACCACAUUGAAAUCCAUGUCGAAAAAAGAUUGGGAAGAAACGAAAACGUCUUUGUGUUUGUUAAAAAGCAGCGCGGAUUUACAAUUGCUCGAUGAAGUCAAAAGAAAUUUUGCCGAAAUAUGUUCUAACGAAUACAUAUUCGAUAGAUUGAAAAGAGAGGUUGAAGCCAUAACGUCGAUAACUCAUAAAGAAUUAUGCGAUUGGUUUCAAGAUCACAUUUCGUCGGGAUUAAAUUUUAAAAAAUUAAGCGUGGUGGGUACUUCUCAGCAAUCAUUCGAUUCUAUAAAUAAUAAAGAUAAUAUCGAUGACAAAAAAUUUUCACUCACUACAAUGACAAGCGAUAGUAAUAACAAGAACAAGUUUAUUACGGAUAUAGCAGAAUAUAAAAAUUCAAGAAUAUUUUAUCCGGCAAAAUGUCAUUCAUGA